AUAAAAUUAACAAAAAGUGCUAGAAAAGGGAAUAAUAGCAGUAAGCAGACAUUAGAGCGACACUGCAAGCGCACCAAGUCAGGCAGCCAGCCAGUCAUCCAGGCUCAAAGCGUACUCCUGCUUAUCAGCUCCGACUGGAAUGACAGCCUGGCAGCUGGCGGCAACAAACAAAGCUAACUGCUAUCCAUUGUGCGCUGUUGGCGCUGGUCCACGUUGCUGCUUUUCACUUUUCCAAAAUCGAGAGCAGACACAACGCACAGCGCCGUGCUACUUCAGUGCGGAGCGACACAGUCCCGCUGCCACUUUCGCUCCCGUUGCUGCUCCCAUUUCCAUUUUCGUGAGUGUUAUUCUUUCAGACUUGCUGCCAGUGACUGUGAACUCGCUUUGUGUGUACACAUACAACGUAUUGUAUGAGUGUGUGUGUGUGUCUGUGGUUGUAUGUGUGCCAGUGUCAGUCGGUUUGUGCGUGUGGAUUGUGCAGUUACUGAAUAGAAGUUGAAUUUCGCUUUCGCUUUUGCCACAGCCACUACAGUCACAGUCAAUGCGAAAGCAGCAGCAGGGGCGAAAAGUGAAAUUUGCCAACACUGUGGCUCUGGCUGAGCUUGAGCUUGAGAGCUGUUGCCCGCAAAAAUGAAGAUGAAAAUACAUAACGAGAAGAAAAAAACGCACGAAAAACAAAAUGAUAAAGGAGCAAAUGCGUGCGAAGGCUUUGCUGCUGCUGCUGCUGCUUCGCAUCGUAAUCGUUGCACGCUCUUCGUCGCCUCUCGCUGCGACCACCCAACACAGCCGGAGCCACGCUGCAGCUCGUGCUCGUUACAACCACGACGACAGAGACGAUGACGACGACGACGAGACGUCGUUUUCGGUUUCCAGUGUUAUGAGCUCGUUAGCGUAUACGCAAAAUUUUCGUCCUUUUCAGCAUGUGUCUCGGUCAACGGUACACUGUUGCAUUUGGUUGUCUGUUGAAAAAGCCAAAACUGUUUCUAUUCGCUGACAUAAAAAUCUGCUAAAAUUAUAAAUGUGCUUGCCAAAUUCAUUUUGCUGACACACGCAAACAGGCAACGGACAUGAGGCGGGCACAGAGUGAACAGAGAACACGCACCUGCGAGUAAAGGAAAAAGAGAGGGAGAUAGGAAAGCAAAAAAAAAGUUAAUAUAAAUCAACAAAGCGUGAGGCAUAAAAAGGAGGAAAAUGCACGAAAUUAAAGGCAGCAGCAGGCAAGGGAACGAAAAGCAGUGAAAAAAGUGUUGAAGAAAGAAACAAAGCAGUAUAAUUAUGAUACAGCAAAACUAAGCGAAAGCUUAGUAAUAGUUCAGUGGGUAAACUAAAAUAAUUUCGGUGUGUGAAAGUAAGUUUAAAGCAAAACUAAAAGCAGCUGAAAAGGCGAAAGAAAAAACUAGCUAACCAAAUUUGAAGUCUUGUCGGAAAUUGGGAAAUAAAAGCGCGCGAGCAACACGCCGAACAACAACAACAUUUAUUUUAAAAAUAAAAAGAAAAAAAAUUGCGAACUCAAAAAAAAUAAAUAAAUAAAUAAAAUUUAAUAAAAAAACGAAAACGACGAAAAUACUAAAAAUAAGAAAAUAUUGAAAAACAAAUUUGUAAUUGUGUGUUUAAUAAAUGCAAAAAUAAGUGUAAAAUGCAGCUAAAACCCUCGUCGAAAAAAUCGCUUAAACUAAACAAAUGAAGAUAUAUGAAUAUGUAUUGCAGAUCUGCGUGAAAAAGGCCGAAAUUGAGAUUAUUUCUAUUAUAUAGAAACGAUUGGCAGUGCAACCUGUAAACAAAAUUAUAGAAAAAAAAUUAAAUUAAUUAAAAACAGCAAGUGUCAUUUGCAGCUAACGCCUGCGCCGCAUCGACGUUUUCAUUAAAUGGCGAUUACGUAAGAUCAAAGUAGUUAAAUUAAACAAAUAUUAUGCAAAGUAAAGAAUAAACAAAUUAUAGCUAUACAAUUUGGCAAAAAUCACGCACACAUUCAUAAAAGUAAAUAUUAGCAUAACGGUAUAAAUAAUUAGAAAAUAAUUAAUGUCAAAUUUCAUACAAAACUAGCGUUUAAAUAGCUGUAAAUUAGGUCACGUUAGCAGCAAACAAAAAGAGCAAAAAUAAUACAACAAAAACAACAUAAGCAAAUCACUUCCACAGCAAAUUGUGUGUAAUUCAGCGCAUUUACGGUAAACACAAUAUUUACAUUGGUUAAUGUGAGCUGAAACUAAUUGAUAGCGCAUAAAUUAAAAAUAACAAAAAACAGAAAUUAAUUAACAUUUAAAGUAAAUAAAAAUACAUAAAAAACAACAAUAACCUAAAAAAAUUAAUAAAAAAAAUAAAAAUUAAAAAAAAAUACAAAAAUUGUAAAUUAAAAAAAAAACUUCUCAAUGUCCCUCUAUGGAAAUCCUCGCAUUUAAAGUUUAAUACCACAAAAAAAGAAGAAGUUCCCUAAAAUAAGGCAAAAACUACCGAAAUCAGCAGCAACGUACACGCACACAUACAUAUAAGCAUAAACGAAAGCAUUCAGCGAAACCGCAAUAAAAAAGUUCAUUAAUCAAGUAAUCAAGUGUUUUUCGAAGUCAUUAAACCAAAAACAAAAAGUUCAAGAUCGACGCAUUUUGCUUAAGCGCUCAUAAAACGAAAAAGUAAUUGUAUGAAAAAUCGUGUAACUAAAAUAAAACUCGUUCAAUAAUUGCAUUAAUAUUAAUAUACAAUAUUAUAAAAUCGCCUACAUUUUAGGGUUAUAUUGAAAUAUGAUUGUCUCUUACAAAUAACGGUGUUGUGUGAAAUAGGAUUAGAGUAUAUCAAAUAGCAACUAGAAUUUUGAAGAUUUUGCAGCUGAACAGCAGGCACGCAAAGCACACGAGAAGAGUUUACACCCAUUGCAGUUCAUCAUGGUACAGAUCACUGCCAUAACUAAUCAAUAAUUGCGCUAAUAUUUAACAGAAGAUAUCCAAAGAGUACUAAAAUAAGUCAUCAAAUAACCAAGCUCACACCGAAACCAAAUUACAACUUAAAACAGCCAUCAACAUUCCUAAAAUAAAUAUUUAAUAGACAACCACUGAUUGCAAUUCCAAGUUAUAAACUGGAUCAUUGGUAUUUUUAAGUCUAAUCGUCGAGAAUAAUCUACACUUGCAACCGCACAAAUUAGUUAUAAACAAAACUUACGGAAACCUAAACUGUAAGCCGGAGCAGCAGCAUUAAACUCUUGGGUUGUAAUUGAAGUAAACAAAAAGGAACUCCGAAGAAUAUAUUAAACAUAACGCUAAGCAGAAUUUACUAAAAAUGAACUCGAAAUAGAAGUAACACACUGAAAGUGGAGAGAAUUAAUAAAUAUUUCAAUACUCGCCAUAAAACUUAGGCAGCUAUAAGCAGUACAAUAUUGUACCAAAUACAGUAAUAACGCGAAUUUGAUUUUAUGCAGCACUGAGGCACGCGCACCAAAGCACUGAAGCUGCAACAAGAAGUGAAAGCUUGUUUUGCGUAAUCAACAAAGCGCUGCGACUAACUACAAGGAAGUAAACCGAGGCUAAAUCUGCGCAAAUGCGAAAAAAUGCUGUCGAUCGACGAGGAAGACGAUCACAGACGCCAUAAUGUGAGUAAAAGCACCAAAAAUGCAACGCUGCAAAAGCUUAGCGCAGGAAACCGUGAAAGCGCGAAGCCUAGUAUUAGGAAAAGUGGCAGUAGUAGCAGCAACAACAAACGCAAUAUCACUUAUUUGCAUUUUUUACGCAAAACUCGUAGAAAAAGCAACAAGCACAGCUUUAAAGCAACCUCGCCUACCACAAAAGCACGAAAAUGGCAAGCGUUAAACACAUAUUGGCAAAAGCUGCUGGUCGCGCAUAAGCAGAGCUGCAGCGUGGCUGCGUCAAGCUCUCACCACUCGAAAAGUUUAGAAAACUUGCAUUUGAGUGAAAGCUCUGCCGCAAAAUGCAUAAGCAAUACGUGUACAUGGAACAAUCAGUUGAGUUUUGAAGACGCGAAAGACAGUGGUGAAAUGAAGCGAGUAUGCGGCAUGGUGCGCAGCAAGAGCGCGUCGAGCUUAAGCAGUCAAAGCUGCAGCACUACGCAGCCACAAUCGAGUUGCUGUGGUGAAAGUGACAGUUCCGUAAAAGCUGAAGGAAAGCACAGUAGCAAUCGGAGCGGGAAAAAUUGUUACAAUGCUGGCCAUAAGCGCAGCAGAACCGACUGGCCUGACAAAAACAACAACUAUAUAAUUAUAAGCAAUAACCAUGAACCAAAUGGCAGCUAUCUUAGAAGGCCGCAAUCAAACGAAAGACUGUGCACACGCAAAAAAAGACGCUUGCGGCGGCGUCGAAAAAGAAAGGACACUCAUCGUGCUGAAAACCUAAUCCAUUGUCUAGACGCAGCUAGCGAGCAACAGCUAGUCAACACAUCUUCAUCAGUAGUAUCGACAUUUAACGCACAACAGCAAUCACACCAAACUUCAACUGAUUCACACGCACAACCAGCAACAAUAGCGACAGCCGCAGCGCCAACGCCAGCAAGCACAAAUCGCAACAUGCUCGAGACCAUGUCAGCAACAGCUGAAUUAUUGCCGCUGGCAAAAAUAACUGCAGCGCAAAAGUAUAUGUCGCCAGCUAGCAAGACACUUCCAAAACUUAGCGAUUCUCUUAAGCACCGCAAUAAAAGUUGUUGUGGCGGCAAUGCAACUGCUGUGCAACAGCAAGCAAAAUGUGGCAAUAAAAGUGCAACCAAAAACGCUACGCCGUCAUUUUCAUCGACAGCGCUCGCCGCAACGCCUGCCAUACGCUUGCCGGCAUUUUACGCAGCCACCACGUUGCGCCUCUUCUUAACCACAUUGACAACACUGAUUGCCAGCACAACACCCACGACGUUCACAGCCACAAAAUACUCAUGGAUAUUUUUAUGGAUAUAUGUGAAUUUAACUGCUAGAGUUGGUCUAGCAGGAUAUCAUGAAAAGAGACUGCUACAUGAUCUAUUAGAUCCUUAUAAUACUCUAGAGCGUCCGGUUUUAAACGAGUCGGAUCCAUUACAAUUAAGCUUUGGUUUAACUUUAAUGCAAAUAAUUGAUGUGGAUGAGAAGAAUCAGUUGCUCGUCACGAAUGUUUGGCUGAAAUUGGAGUGGAAUGACAUGAAUCUCCGUUGGAAUACAUCCGAUUAUGGCGGCGUUAAAGAUUUACGCAUCCCGCCGCAUCGGAUAUGGAAACCGGAUGUGCUGAUGUACAACAGCGCUGACGAGGGUUUCGAUGGCACAUAUCAAACGAAUGUGGUGGUGCGCAAUAACGGUUCGUGCUUGUAUGUGCCGCCGGGCAUAUUCAAGUCCACAUGCAAAAUCGACAUCACGUGGUUUCCGUUCGAUGAUCAGCGCUGCGAAAUGAAAUUCGGCAGUUGGACAUACGAUGGAUUUCAGCUGGACUUGCAAUUACAAGAUGAAACUGGCGGUGAUAUCAGCAGUUACGUGCUCAACGGCGAGUGGGAACUAUUGGGUGUUCCUGGCAAGCGUAACGAGAUCUACUACAACUGCUGUCCCGAACCGUAUAUCGACAUCACCUUCGCGAUCAUCAUUCGUCGUCGCACGUUGUACUAUUUUUUUAAUUUGAUCAUACCGUGCGUGCUGAUCGCAUCGAUGGCGCUACUGGGCUUCACGCUGCCACCAGAUUCGGGAGAAAAACUAUCGCUGGGUGUUACUAUUCUGCUCUCGCUCACAGUCUUCCUCAACAUGGUGGCUGAAACAAUGCCCGCCACAUCCGAUGCCGUGCCACUGUUAGGUACAUAUUUCAAUUGCAUAAUGUUUAUGGUAGCUUCAUCCGUUGUGUCAACGAUUUUAAUAUUAAAUUAUCAUCAUCGAAAUGCUGAUACGCACGAAAUGUCCGAAUGGAUACGCAUCGUAUUUUUAUGUUGGCUGCCAUGGAUUCUACGCAUGAGUCGUCCUGGUAGGCCACUGAUACUGGAAUUCCCCACGACACCGUGCUCGGACACAUCAUCGGAACGCAAGCAUCAGAUAUUGUCCGAUGUUGAACUGAAGGAGCGCUCCUCGAAAUCGCUGCUCGCCAACGUGCUCGACAUCGACGAUGAUUUCCGACACAACUGCCGCCCGAUGACGCCCGGUGGCACUUUGCCGCACAAUCCCGCUUUCUAUCGCACCGUUUAUGGUCAAGGCGAUGACGGCAGCAUCGGUCCGAUCGGUAGCACACGCAUGCCGGAUGCCGUUACGCAUCACACGUGCAUCAAAUCAGCAACGGAAUAUGAACUAGGUUUAAUUUUGAAAGAAAUUCGCUUUAUAACCGAUCAGCUACGCAAAGAAGACGAGGAAAAUGACAUUGCCAAUGAUUGGAAAUUCGCAGCUAUGGUCGUUGACAGACUGUGCCUUAUCAUAUUCACAAUGUUCACAAUAUUAGCCACAAUAGCUGUACUACUAUCAGCACCACAUAUUAUUGUCUCGUAGCCAUAUGAGCGAGGUUAUUGUUAUUGGUUUUAUUAUAAAAUCAAUUUGUUAAUUAUUAAAUUAAUAACGAAAAUUUUUAAGUAAACUUUAAAAUUUAAAACCAAAAAAAACGUAAAAAUCUAAACACACAAACAAACAAAUAAACGGAAAAAUAUCAACACAACCAAAGACGCACAAAUACACGCACGUAACUACCAAAAAUAAACAAACAAGAACAACAAACACCGAGUUGUAUACAAACGCAAUUUGUAACAACAACAACACAUUGUCACCAAACGCAGUUACAAAUAUGGCGAAGCGAAAAUCAGUUUCCAGCAAGAAAACCCCAAAAAAGGAAACACAAACACAAUUAAACAAGGAUUCACCCACACACACAUCCACAAAGUACCAAAAAAGAAAAAAACUAAUAACACCUAACAAAAAAUACAACAACAAAAACGCUCACCUUCAACAAUCAAUCAAUCCAACACACAGACUUGCAAACACAAACAGAGAUACACUGGCAAAAAAAUCGGAAAAUCUAAAUAAAAAUGUUUAAUCUCUGCAACAAGUUUAAACAAACAAAAAAAUCGUAAAAACCAACUAAAAAGAAAAUAAAACACAAAUAUCGUAAUACAUUUAAAACCAAUUUAUAAAAAAUACUUUAGUUAAAUUGUUAGUAUUUAAACAAAAAAAUCUUUUUCUCUUCCUAAACAAAAACUUAGAGCGUAAAUAGAUUUUUUAAUUCCAAACUGAAAACUCAAAAACAAAACUUUAAACUAAUUUCAUCAACUACCAAACAAAAUAUAUACAAACACUGCUAAAUUUAUGGUAGAAAUAGUUGAAACUGGUGUAGAGAGUUUAGUAAAAAGAAUUUGGAUAGACAGAUAGGGACGAAAGCCCUGAGAAAAGUUGAUAAGCAAUGAUUAUUUGGUUACACUUUAGUUGCUUCCCUAGAACACCUUGGCAUAGGGAAACUUUUUAAUUAAGAAAGUUUUAACGAGAGAGUAGGCUUUCACAAAAAAUUUAAACAACUCAAAUUAUAAUUAAUUUUAUUGUUUUCUUAUUUAUUUUAAGUAAAAAAGCUUUCACAAAAGCUCAAAAACUCCGUUUAUAUUUUAAAUGCUUCCCUUUUUCACACCUUUUAAGGAAAAAAACUUUGACAAAGUUUUCAAAGAGAGUGUGCUUUGAUCAAGAGCUUUCAUCAAAAGCUUUCACAAAACACUGAAAUAACUCAAAUUGUAAAUAGUUUAAUUAUUUUUGCACCUUUUUAAAUAAGAAAGCCUUCCCCUAGCUUUCUUCAAAAGCUGAAAAACACCGUGUAUAUUUUAACUUCUUCCCACUUCACACCUUUUAAAUGAAAAAGCUUUCAAAAAGUUUUCAAACAAAGCGGAUUUUGAUCAAGAAGAAUAUUUUGAUUAAAAGCUUUCAUAAAAACAUCAUACUAGUCAAAUUAUAAUUAAUUUGAUUAUUUUUUCACUUAUUUUAAGUAAGAAAGCCUUCUCCAUAAAUUAAGCUUUGUGAAAGCUUUUGCUUUUACACCUUUUAAAGGAAAAACUUUCAGAAAGUUUUGAAAAAUUUACUUCAAAACAAGCCCAAAAACUCAAUUUGUUCUUAAAUUAGUUAUUGUGGACACUUUUUAAGUAAAAAGCUUUCAUAAAAGAGUUAGCUUUUAUCAAAAACUUUCGGGAAAAGCGCAAAAACUCACUUUAUAAAUGAAUUAAUUCUUUUUACUCAUACAUUAAGUAAGAAGGCUUUCACAAACAAGCGAGCUUUCAAAACGAGCUUUCACACAAAGCUCAAAAGCUGAAUUUAUACUUAAAUUACGUAUUUAAUCACAAAUUUUAAGAAAGCUGUCACAAAGGACUCACUCCUUAAAAGCUUGAACAAAAAGCGCAACAACUCUAUAUUUGAAUUAACUAUUUUUUCACACAUAGCAAUAUCCAAAACUUCACUUCAAUCAUAUUUUCCUACAAGAAAAAACAUAUUAAAUUUAGAAUUUAUAUAUCUUAUAUAAAGUCCAAGAAUACUCGCAGACUUAAACAACUGAGGUGUUUUAAAGCAUGUAAUAAUCCCUGUACCUAUCAAACAAUUUUUAACUGACGUCUUAACUUUCAACGUCAAACUGUGAGUGUAAGCAAUGUGGAUGAUUUGAGAGGAGAAAAAAAUCAUAUGUAAUUCACUUCGAGCUAAAAAGCAGCUAUUUGUAUAUAGGAAAUACAUACAAUACAAAUAUACACUGACCAUUUAUGCGUCAGCAUAUAUCGGCAAGAGUUCACCAUAACCAGUAAAUAGAAUUCAUAUUAAUAUUAAUUAUAUAGACAUAGAUAUAUAAAUCAACUUCACAAUAGGAAUCAUUAUGAAAUGAAUGAAAUCUGCGAAAUGUCAUAAACGGCUUUCAAAACCAUUUGCUUGACAACUGGGCUCCAAUAGGUAAAUUUACAAGCAUAAUUACAUAGAACCACUUAAUUAAGCUAAAUAGUAGGCGCAUAAGGCUCAUACACAUAUUUAAAAGUCAGCAGAUUUUAUAAUAGCAGCGUAAAUCGAUGUCAUAGCAGUUAGAUAAAAUCAGAUGUUCAUGUCAUUAGUUAGAAGAGAUUACAAAAUUACAUACAUUAUUUACAAAUUCAGUUUAAUUUAUCAUUUACUUUAACAUUUCAUAAAGGUUUCCAUUAAACAAGAGCACAAAUAAACGCGUAUUGUGUGCAAAUUAUCGCAUGCGUGAAAAUGUGUGUAUAAAGCUAAAAACUAAACGAAGUAAGCAAAGAGCAGACGCAAGCAUUGAUAUAUGCCUAAAUAAAAAGCCGUUAAAACUGCCAAUUAAUUAUAAUAAACAAAAACCACUAAUAACUCUAGCGUGUAGUAUAAAAAAUGUAUCGCAUGCGAUAUUUUGCAAAACAAUUACGACAUAAAGGAAGAUAAACUCCCGCAUAUAAAAUAAAAGACCCACUCCAAACAACUUAAACAAGCGUACAAAACCAAUAUAAAUAACCCAAAAACUGGGAAAUUUGCAAUGAAAAACAAAAUUAUAAUAAAUAUGAAAAAAGCGUGAAAAAUGUCAUGCGCGAAAUUUGCGUACAAAUAAGUUGAAGUAAGCUAACAACACCUCAUAAGGCUCAUAAAACAUACGACGCGUCACCAUGCAUAUGUGUAUGUGUAUGUGGUUACGCUGGCGCGUGUGUGUGGACCCGCACGGCGGGAUCCCGUAGAGAAUUGAUACAAGACAGCAUGCACUGCAAGAAAUGGUUGCGAGCAAUAAUAUCUGCGUGUUGAUGACGGCAAAAUGUAUAAACUAUGAAAUGCGUUAUGAUCGAGCGAUUUAUUGUUUGGCGGCGGUUGGGUGCGGUAUAAAUAUAUUGUAUAUGUAUGUUUGUACAUACAUAUAUGUAUAUGUGAAUAUAAGCAACCAACUUGUAGGCGCAGGUGGGGACACUUAACAAUGCAUUUGUUUGGUUUAGGGCCACCGAUGUGAUUGAAUUUUCCAAAUUAAAAAAAAUAGCAAAUUUGCUGAUUUUUGUGCGUUUUAUGGGAAUCCAAACAAAGAAAUUUAUCAAAAAUUUAGUUCUUCUUUAUUUUAUAUGGGUAUUUAAGAGGUUUUAUGAUGAUGUACGAAGAUUUUGUAAAAAAUGUUCGAAGAAUGUUGGAAAUUUUGUAUAUUGUAAGAAUUAUUGAAGAAUUUUGGUAAUGCCAUCAUCUAAGUACCUUAAUUGAUCUCUUAUAUGCGAUUUCGGUAUUUCAUUCAUGGAAGUUAGUCUAAAAAAGAUGCUAAAAAAUGUUUGAAAACUCAUACAAACAACAUUCAUUUAAUUUUCCACAAAUAUAUAAUAUAAUCAUUUCCAUUUCUACAUAAAAAUCAGCAAAUCUUGCUAAUAGCUUAGGAACCGAACAAAAAAUCGCUCGUUCAUCUCAAAGUACAGCAAAUAAAUUGAAAUAAAUUUGGAGGCGCUACCAUACCUACGUUAAAAUUUUUAGUUUUUUUUUUCUAUUAUAUAACAAGUAAAGAAAACCAUCAAGUCACUCAAACAAGCAUUUAAUCACAAGCUACAAAGUUGGCUACAGUAAGCAGUUGGCACCGGUGUGGACCCACUAAUGACUGCUUACAAACCACAACUACACAGGCAAAACCACAGACUGAACACUAACGGCAUUACGUGCAAUGUGUUUGGCUGGCGCUUUUUCGCUUACACUUGCGCUUGCGGAGCUUUUGUCGCAAGCUUCGUUAGCCCAUGAAAGCUUUAGAGCAGCAGACACCAAAUGCUUGAAUCUAAAGCUGUAACACAACUAAACUUUUUUGGCUUUAUUUUUUAAUAGUUCUUCUUUAGUUUAGUAUGGUUAUUCUGCUUCUAUUUGUAAAUCUUGUGCAAUAGAUACAAUCAGAAUUUGCUUUGAAUAUAAAACAAUUAGAAAAAUAAUAACAAAAAAAAAAACAAAAAAUGCAAAAGCAAAAUGUGCAAAGUCAUAGAGUAAAUUUUUAACCAGAAAAAGUGUAGUACACUGAAAAAAAUAAUAUUAAUUGACAUAUGAGCUAUGCAAGACAAACAAAAAUCAGCUUAUUACCGUAAAACACAACUGAAGAGGAAUAACAAAUAUUUCACAUGUACAUCAUAAAUCACAACUAAAAUAAGUAAUUUACCAAUAAAGAAGCAAACAACUCGCAUAGAAUAUAUGUGCAAUGGCAAACCACAUGCAAAUAGUAUUUGUGAAGCUACUAAAAACCAAAAGCCUCUCAAAGCAGUAAUACACUAAGAACAAAAAUAUUGCUGACAAAUGGAAAAUCAAUCCUUACACGCAUACUUACAGGCAUGCAUACCCCCGAGCAAUGAAGCAUUGCAGCAGUAGUUAUUUAAAAAUAUAUACGAAAAUAUAGAAAAUAUUGCAUACACACAUACAAACAUACAUACCGAUGUAUGUAGGUAAUUACAAUUUUAUACAAAUGUUAUUUGUAAAGUAUUAUCACUGAAUUCAUAAAUUUGAGCUCACUGUAUAUGUAAUAUCUAUGGAAAUAAAGCAGUGAACUUCAAGUAUAAGCCACUCUCCAUAAUUUUUAUAAAAAAUUUAUUUUCUAAACAUUUACUUUUUUUGAAAAAAUAUUACCGAAUCAAUUUUAUAUUUAUAUUGCAAAAUGCACCUAUGCAUUUACUAUAGCACGCGUACAGUGGAGAGCAAAAUUAUUCAUCAACUAUCUACCAAGUAUACCAAUCUGUAACUCAUUAUGAAAAUUUUGUAUUUGAAGGUUGUUUCACACAACUUUUUUUCAGUUUCCACACUUCAAAUUCAACUUUGUUUUCAACUUACACUCAAUUAUUAUAUUUUUUUUUUCCAUUUCCGCUUAGUACUAAAACAUGGAAAAUUCAAACUCUUAAGAACAGCUCUGCCUGUUAAUCUUCCUUUUCAUUAUCAACUCGAAACACAUUCUUAAAUUCUAAGAAAUCCUAAACCUUUGAGAAAAAAUGCGAGCUACGGCAUUUCGCCUGUUAAUCUUACAUGCGAACAUUUGAGCUCAACUCUGGAUUCAUUCUUGGGAUCUCAGACCUUACAAUAAUAAAAAUUCAAACUGCCAAACCAUUUUCUUGGCCUCUUCGACCUAAAACCAACCAAAUUUCUCCUUCACAUACUGGAAAUAUUUCUGUUUCAUGCUCAGAACAGCCAUUCUCUUAUAGACUCCUCUACUUCUUUACUAACGUAGGCACUGCUUACGUGGUUAUAGCCGUCUCUUAUAUUUUACUUAUCGUAAAUGGAGAGUGAAUAGCAAAGUACCUCUCUCGUUAAACAAAGAGCAAAUGAAAAACUCUUAAGUAGCCUUACUAUAAACUAAAUUAACUGCCCACUUUAUGUCCAAAGUUUGUUUACGAUUUGAAAACCUCAUGACUAAUCUUUUUGGGAACUGGGUGCAAGAAAAUUCACUUUGUCUUUUCUUCAAACCUCUAAAAACACCCUAUAGUUUUUUUAAAUGUGUGGUUUACAAUACUCUCCCACGGAACCACCAGAUUAGUUAUUACAUUUUGAGAGAGACAAGACAUUUUAUAUCUCCUCUAUAGCACGGACGGACUGACGCCUAUUCUGCUGUAGCUAUUUUAAUUUAGUCAUGAUGAAAAUGACCGCUUCGCGAACAGCUUUCCUCUUGUCAGAGGACAGACACAUAAAUGCGGUCAAAUUUUCCACCGUUAAACUACCAUCUAGUGCAGUUUCUAAUUUUUCCCAUAUGUUUCGAAAUCGAGAACAGUGGAAAAACACGUGUUCAGAGUUUUCUAUGGACUCCGGACACAUCGAACAAUACGUUUUGACGUCAUUUUGAAAUAUGUAUAGGUAGCCUCUGAAGCACCCAUGCCCGCUUAAUAUUUGGGUCAGGUAAAAAUCCAGGUACCCAUGUUGUCUAGUUAUCCACUUAUGGAUGUCAGAUAUAAGGCUUUGGGUCCACCGUUCUUUGGUUGAAGUUUACCACCAUUGCUGCCUUAUAAUUAUGCUCUUUGUUCUCUCCUCUCAUUUUGUGAUUACUUUUAUUAGCGCUAAUAGCUCAUAUAAUUUCGCGAUUUCAUCUACCUGUAUAUCUAUGGGCGGUAUACAAGCUAGUACUUCAGUUCGAAAGUGCUGCUUGAAGUAAUCCCACACUCUCCUGUGAGUGAGAGCUACUACCACAGCUACCACUAUAGAGUCGUCCGCGUCGUGCUUUUCACAGUGUCGACAACUUCUAUCAGUGUAUCGAUAGUGGACCUCUGUUUUCUAUAACUAUAUUGUCUUUCGGAUAGACCGCUGGCUUCCUGAAUUGCAAAUUCCAAGCGGAGUCUUUUCUACACACUGCCCAUUGUGUCGAACAUACGAAGAGGUGGAUACUAUGAAGGUUCACAUGGUGUUUUUUUUGGUUUUGGUAUUAAAACCAUCCCUUCUUUUACACAUGCGUUGUACAUUGGGCUUUGAAAUUAUGGCUACCUUUAGAGCGCUGUUUGGUAUGCCAUCGAUUCCAGUCUUCCGCUUUGCUGAUUUUGAUUUUUUUAGCUAUGGCUAGUAAUUCUUCUUCUGUAACCAGGGGGGUGAUUCAGUAGCUUCGUUUCGUCGCUCAGAGCUAGUGAUCGGGUUGUGCGUUGGAAAUAAUGCCUCGACGACUUUCUCAUGAACAGAGCCUUUUGUCUUUGUUUACAGUUGCUUAAUUUCUUUGUGCCACAAUAACUGUUCACUUCUUACUUUUGAACUAAUAACGAGCGUAAGGUUUUCAAUAUGCUCUUUAGAUAGGCCAACUAGUGGAGCAUUCAACUUUUCGAAACAUUUCAAAAGCUUUUUUCAUUAGUAUUUAGAUUGGUUUCCAUUUAGGCAUUAUUUUGAAGGUUAUUUCUUGAUUUAACGGGUAUUCUUAAAUGUACAAGAUUGAAGAUAUAUUUUCAAAAUAUUUUUUUUUAUUGUUAAAUGUAAAUAUUUUUUUAUAUAUUUCUUUUUAUUUAUUAUUAUUAUUUUCUUUUUUUUUUUUGAGCAUCAUUCACCACCAUUUUGGUUAGUCUCUCUUUUACCAAUACACACCGUAUUUCGUAAGCAAAUCAAUAUUUCUCAAACUGUACAAUUUGUUUAGAAAAAACAUAUGAUAAAUAUCAGCAAUUUACAAAGUUUUAUAUAUAUGUAGUUAUAAUUAAAAAAGAAAGUAAUAAAUUUAUAUUAUCAUAAGUAAUGGAUAAAAUUUCAACAAAUUAUAGGUAAAAAACAAGUAUUACAUUUUAUACGAAAAAGCGAUUUGAGGGAAUAUGUAGUAGUGUAUGAAUGUAUUUUUUCGAUUUGAUUUUUUAUGAAUUCCUCAGUUUCAAUUCAUUUAAGCAAAAACGUGUGAACAUAAAUUUUGCUUAAAAGGGUAUAAAGCCAGAAUUCUAAAUUUGUAUUAAAGAAAAUUAUUCAAGACAAUGGGGACCUCCGCGCGCUGCUCAAAGCGACGAGGUAGCCAUGCAAAAGCGAAUGAAAAAUUUAACACAAAACGUUACAAAUGCAAAAGUGGGGUUUAAAAAGAAAUACACUUUAAAUAAAAUAACUUAAUAAAAAACUAUUAAUACAAGUAAAGCACAAACGCUGCCACACAAAAAUAAUAAUGAUAAUGUUAUAUUAAUGUAUGUAAGUACAAUACGAUGCGAUCCGGCGUAAAUAGAGUUUGGAUAAUUUUUUUAUUUUUUUAAGUAAACAAACAUAAUAUAAACAAUAAUUAAAUUUAAUUUUUCUACGAACGAAAAAAAUUUAUAAAAACUUGCGGGUAAUUGGUAUAAUUUUAACGGUUAAAUGCAAUAGCAGUAACUUAGCAAACAGAUAACCUGUCAGUGUAAUGAGAUAAACCAAUAGCAUUUUUAUGGAACUAGCAGUACACGUACAUUUGUAACGGUAGUGUGGACGCAAUACAGAAUAAGUAACACAUAAGGUAAAUAUUAUAACUAGCAGAAUUUAGCGAAAACAGUUGGCAACCGUGUAGUAGCAAAUAGCAAGUACAUAAACGAGUGUAGACAGUAACAUAAUUAGGCGCGCCGGUUCAUUGGUUGGAGCCGCGCAACGCGAGCGAGCUUUUGAAACAGAUACAAAAAUAAAAGAGAAAAUAAUAAUAACAAUUUACAGUUACAUAGGGCAUGAAGCGAGCAGCGUUGAGUACACAGAAAACAAUACAUUAGUGGCGCACAGCAGCUGACAGUGCAUGCGAAAAGUAAGCGAACCAACGCACAGUGAGUGCAUGAGAUAUUGUGCGGCAUACAAGCAGGCAGCAAGCAGACAGUUUUUCAGACCCCUUUUUUAAAUAAGCAAAAACAAAAAUAAAAUAAAAUACUGAAAUUUUUCUCUAAAGCAUUAAGUAAGGAUAGAAAUGAUGUAUAAAUAAUAAGCGAACUAGUUGCAUUUAACAAAUUUUAAAUAUUUAAAUUAGAUUCAAUUUUUAAUAAAUUAUAACUAUUUAUUAAAAACAAAAGCAAAAACAAAAAAUACGGACAACAAUUUAAAGAAAAAUACUCCUUUCUCUAUUUAAACUCUAAGCUAGACGCAUGGCAAACAUGGCGAACAAUAAGGAUUGAUUAACUAGAAUUUUAAUAAAUAUGCAAAUAAGUUGAAAUUAAUUGAGAAUUAUGCCUUGCAUUGCAAGCGGAUUUCAACUAUGGAGAUUAUAGUGAACUAAAAGUGUAAAACUGCGAGAUUUUCAAAGUCAGGCGCUGAUUUUUUAUGUCGUUAUUAGUCAUUAAUUGUAAUUUAAACAUAAUAAUAAAUAGAAAAUAAACGCAAUUUAAUAAAUUAAAUUAAUUAAGUAUACAAAAUUAAUUGUAUGAAUGAUUGAGUGCAGCAGUAAACUAUGAAGCAAAAUUAAAUUUAAUUAUUAAUAAUUAAUUAAAUUAAAUUAAUAAUUAAUGCAAGUAAACAAAUAUAUAGACGUAUAUAGAAUUUCAGUCAUUUUGACUUUAAUUAGCCGUAAUUAAAACUAAAAAUUAAAUAAAUGAAGCAGAAAUUAUUAAAAUAACAUAACAGCAGAUUGUACAUUUUUAAAAAACCCGAAAA